AUGUCCUUCGCCAUGCUGCGCUCGGCGCCCAGCCGGUUCCUCUACCCCGAGAUCAGCAUGCUGUCCGAGGACGAGGAGAACGGGAGCGAGAGCUCGGGCUCGGAGGAGAAGCCCUACCACCACCUGGACCCCGAGGGCUACGGCCUCAAGGCCUCCAAAGCCCGGCGGAGCCACGGGAAGAAGCCCGGUGCCCGGCUGAGCCGGGAGCCCCGGCAGCGGCACACGGCCAACGCCCGGGAGCGCGACCGCACCAACAGCGUCAACACCGCCUUCACCGCGCUCCGCACCCUCAUCCCCACCGAGCCCGCCGACAGGAAGCUCUCCAAGAUCGAGACCUUGAGACUGGCCUCCAGCUACAUCUCCCACCUGGGCAACGUCCUGCUGGUGGGGGAAGCCUGCGGGGACGGGCAGCCCUGCCACACCACCCCGGCCUUCUACCACCAUGGAGGAGGAGGAGGUGGGAGCCCGCCCGGACGCGACGCCGAGAACUCCCAACCCAAACAGAUCUGCACUUUCUGCCUCAGCAACCAGAGGAAGCUGAGCAAAGACCGGGACAGGAAGACGGCGAUCCGCAGCUAG